AUGUCGAACGAAGCGUUAGCUCGCUUACCGUCGGGUGAUAAUAUUAAACGUCGUAUUAGAAUUUCACGUCAAGAUAAAAAGCUUCCAUCAGCCCCAAAUGAUCCUAAUUUGUCAAAUGUUCCAACAACUUUAACUGUAGCAUCUCGUGGUGAUAAUUUUUUCCGUUGUGAUACUGAACCAGAAUCAUGUGAUAAUUUUCAUGGUACAUUUAAAAUAUUAGCUGAUCAGAAUCGCUAUCAAAACGAUAUUAAAUUUGCUCAUAAUAUUAAUAAAAUAGCUGCGUUAGCUUUUAUUCCACCUUCUGAUGUAUUACAUGCAUAUUUGCAUCCUUCAUUAGAUCUUGAUGAUGAUUACCAAGAUAUUUUAAAUUAUUUUGAAGAUACAUAUAUAGGACGACUUCGUCCUAACAAUACACGACGUCAACCAACAUUUAGUGUUGAUCUAAGCUUUAUUUGUAAAAAGAAGAAAAAGAAAGGAAUUUCCAUUGAAUAA